ACAAGAAAUCCCAUAAAAAUAUUUUAAUAUCAAAUUCUCAUCAACAUAUGGUAAUCCGUCUCGCAAGAAAUCCCAUAUAAAUAACUUCAAUUUCUUCUCCUUCUAUAUACAUAUCUGGUUUAACACUCAUCGCAAACAACAAAAACUCCUCUCUCGUCAAUACCAUCGGUAUUUCCUUUGCAACUCUGCAACAAUGACCGCCAUGGAGACUGCACGGCCGGAAGAUCAAGAAGGGCUUGUUCUCCAAAUGCAAGCUGUUCAAUUAGGAGAACAGAGCGCGUCAAGGACUGAGUCAACUUGGGACGGCGACUCGCUGCUGCCGAACCUGGAAGAAGUGGAGGAGAUUCUAGACUAUCGGUUCCAGAACAAGUCCUUACUGGUGGAGGCUUUCACGGAUUCCUCUUGGACUGAUAAUGACUUCUCUUACGAACGAUUGGAGUACGUCGGUGACUGCGUUCUCAAUUUGAUUUUUACAAAGCAGCAGUUCUUUCAGUACCCGAAACUGAUGCCGGGGGCACUGACCCGACUCCGGGCUGCCAACGUGGAUACCGAGAAGUUAGCUCGCGUCGCUAUCAAACACGGGCUGCACCGGUAUUUGCGUCACAAGAAGCCCUUACUUGAGGAACAAAUUCGUGGGUUUUCAGAGGCAAUCUUGGACUAUCCUCUACAUUCAAAUGGGCUUGUUGAUGUGCCGAAGUCCUUGGCAGAUAUAGUUGAAUCAAGUAUUGGUGCUGUUUUCAUUGAUAGUGAUUCGCUCAGCACUGUUUGGAAGGUGUUUAAGAGUCUAUUGGAGCCUAUUAUUGAUAUGGAGACACUCAAAAUCCAUCCAGUGACUGAACUAUAUGAAGUAUGUCAGAAGAAAAAAAUGAAGUUAAGAUUUGUUGAUUUGUGGAAGGAAGACAUGAAAUUUGAUGUUUUCAUAGAUGAUCAGCUUGUUGGGAUAGGCGUCUAUCAACCCAAGAAGGAAAUUGCUCUUAACAGAGCUGCAAGAGAUGCUUUGGACAACAUUGACAGAAUAUUGGCCGAGAAAGAUGGCUCCAUCAGUUGAUCUCUAUAUGUAAAACAUCCACGCACAACCACAUUUUUUUUUUGUAUUCUUUGUCGAAUAUGAAAAAUUCGUCCCCUGUAAAAACUAUUGAUCAUCUAUUUGAUUUCUUGUUGUGUUUUCUUCCUGUUCAUCUGGAUAUAUCUAUCAUCUUGUUUAACUAGUUUCUUUUA